AUGGGCAUCAAGAUCCGCAACGACACACACCACGACAUCUUUGUCGUAGUCUUUACGUACAUUCCAAUGCCGCACCCAUCCCUCGUUUACCGCAAGACGCUGCUCAUCCCGUCCGGCGAGCGCUUCAACUGCCCGACGUGGCAGAGUGCCGUCAAGAUCAUGGCGUGGGAAGCCCCCGUGCACGACUGCGCAAUCUCGGAAGAAAUGCGUCAGAACCUCUCAGACCAAAUGGCGGCGGUCAACGUCGGACGCCUCCUCCUCGUACCCAUUGGCGGUGAACUCCUCAGCAUGGCGAGCACGGCCGCCGACAUCCUCAUCGACGGCGUCAUGGAUUCGUUCAUCCACGAUCUCCUCGAGCUUGCCAUCGACGAAGUCAUUGCGCGACUCGAGAAUGAGAUGGAGCGCGGUCUGGCCCAAGAGGUGCGGGCACGGCAGCUCGCCGCGGCCCGCCUCGCCCGCGAAAGCACCCGUGGGGUCCCCAUGGCCAAGAAGACGUUCUUCUUGACAUACAACGCGCUCUUCCUCCGGCGUCAGUUUUCCAUCCACCACAAUCACGCCGACCAGCUCAAGAUCAACGGCGCGGGCAUGUCGUG